CGGGAGUUGGUUCUGUUUCCAAACAGGAGGGCAGACAUUGUUGACUCACGUGUGUGGUUAUUUCAUGGCUUUUUCAGACCUACAGCAGCAACUUGUUCAUAAUGAAGAAAACGUUGUCUGAGAGGAGCAGCUGUAGAAGCCAGAAAAGGAGCUACAGCAUAGAUCAGGAGGAACUAGAUUCUCCUCAGAUUAAAAUAUAAGUUGAGGAGUCAGGAACUCCACAGAUUAAAGUGGGACAAGAGGAUCCAGAAACCAGGCACGUUGAAGUUGACGAGGAAGAAACAAAAAUGCCACAAGUUAAAGAGGAAGAAGAGGAAGUAAAAGUUCUACAAGUCAAGGAGGAAGAGGAGGGACUACUAAUUCGACAAGUUAAAGAGGAGGAGGAAGAGGGAGUAGAAAUUCCACAAGUUAAAGAUGAAGAGGGGGAACCAAGAUUUCCUCUUGUUAAAACUGAAGAGGAGGCUCCAGGACGUCCUCAAAUCAAAGAUGAAGAGGAUAUCUUCACCUGUGAGGACAGAAAGCCGCUCACACUGAAGCAGGAGACUGCUGACUUUCUUCAAAUGCAGAGAGAAGAAAUAUCUGACAAUAAUGCUGUGCAGCUUGGUGAACUGGAAGCCGGAAGAAAGCAACCAAUACCCCGGCUCGCUACUACGGCAUAUACGGCCAAAGAGCCCAAACAGCGAAAAACCGUGGAAGAGAAGAAAGCAACCAAACGUCUUCAAGACCAGAAACGAUCCCAGCACCGAAUAAACCUUGGUGCCGCGUUUACAAGAUGGAGAGCGCUGCGGGACCGUCUCGGCAUAACUUUGGACCAACAACUGGCUGUAUUGCUUCUGGACAGCGGGUGUCUCUUCUCUCCUCUGCUUUUCUGAUGACAUCCUUGCUGGUGGUCCGCCAAUCAGAGCGUUCGGACGUGGCUGACUCCAGGUCAGAAGGGUUGAAGCCUCCAGCUUUAAGGUCACGCUUGCAGACAUCCUUGAACCUGAGAGCUGGUCGUCCCUUUGACCUGUUUCCAGUAGCCAGUUCCCCGUACAGUAGGUCUUUUGGGAUGUGGCCGUUGUUCAUUCGGGUGACGUGGCCAAGCCAUCGCAAGUGUCUCUGGGUCAGGAUGGCAAACAUACUGGGAACUUCUGCUCUGGCCAGGACGUCAAUAUUGGAGACACGGUCUUGCCAGCUGAUGCCCAGUAGUCUGCGAAGGCAGCGCUGGUGGAAAGCAUUCAGCCGACGUUCCUGACAGGAGUAGAGGGUCCAUGUUUCGCUGCCGUAUAAGAGAGUGCUCAGUACGCAGGCCUGGUAGACUCUUAUCUUGGUGUUGGUGGUUAGCAUGGAGUUGU